AUGGACGGUAGGUUUAAGGAGGCCAAUCAGAAGGGACCUUUGUGGGAUGAGGUCUCAAGGAUAAUGUAUGAUGAAUAUGGGUACCAAAGGACAGGAAAAAAAUGCAGGGAGAAAUUUGAGAACCUAUACAAGUACUACAAAAAGACGAAAGGCGGCAAAACCGGCCGGCCGGACGGCAAACACUACCGGUUUUUCCGGCAACUCGAGGCCCUUUACGGCGACCAGCCGAACAACAACAACAACAACAACAAUAAUAACAAUAACUCAUCUGCUUCGGUUUCGGAUCAAACCACUUUCGCGGGCCCGAAUUUCCCUUACAUUAGUUUCCCCGAAAACACAAACUCUUUCCCGAACGAAUCGUACUCGAAUAAUUCUUCCGAUUUCGACACGAUAAUCACGUCGGAAGACGAAAGCAUGGAGCCCGGUUUUCUAUUAACGGGUGCCUCUAACAAUAUCAAGAGGUCGAAAAAGAUUACGAUGAUGAGAAGCUUGAAGGCAAAGAUAAAAGACUCGAUCGAGGCCCAAAUGAAGAAAAUGGCAGAAAAGCAAGAGGCGUGGAUGGAGAAAAUGAUGCGUACGAUCGACGAGAAUGAAAAAGAACGUAACUUGAGGGAGGAGCAAUGGAGGAAACAAGAUGCCGAGAGGGUCGAGAGGGAGCAACGGAUUUGGGCCCGCGAGAAAGCUUGGAUCUUGGACCGGGACGCGGCCCUAAUCGAAGCUUUCGGGAAAAUGGCGGGAAAAGCCCGCCAAGAGGAUGAAGAACUACUAAAGGUCGAUUCUUGGGAAAGUAAUAAUAAUGUCGCUUCGUCGUGGGAUUGUGUGGGGGAUUGUUUUGUGAAGGGUGGUGGUAAGAAAAGAAUGGGCCCACCGUUUCACGUGGGUUCCGAUCGUGGUGUGAACAUGGCCCGUGAGAAUGUCUCGAAUGACGGUUGUUUUAGGUACUUUGGUGGAGACUUGAAAUAUUGA